ACAACAGCAACAACAACAACAACAACAACAACAGCAACAGCCAUCUACGAUUGUGAAUCUACCUCAGAAAUUACCUAUGAAUGUUCAUCCGGCUAGUGUCACGACACCAACACCCAGGAUUCAUCAACCUGUAUCGCAGCCCACUGCAUUGAAGGCAAUUAAUGGUCAACCUCAUCCUUUGAACCCUAAGGCUCAUCUACUGCAGGCGGUAGUCCCUCCAAUAGUCACCGGAACGGUGGCCAGUCCACCAACUCAGCCGCAUUUGAUGAACCCUCAACCUGUUGGCGUUAGCUGCUCUCGACCGCCUGCACCGAAACCACCGGUAACGGGUACGAUGGAACCACCAAAAGUUGAAGUGUCCAUAUCUGGCUGCAUAAUGGUGCCGACCCCUAGCCCUCAGACUCGUGGAGUGCCAAUCACAACAUAUGAUGGUCCAAUGCAUGGGAAUGCGGGUGCUGCUCCAUCAUCAGGGGGCCAGUAUGGACUUGUCCCCCCGCAUCGAUCCCAGAGUCCUCCAUUGCCCCCACCUGCCCACCAUCAUGCUAACGCUUCUCAGGGUGACGUCGUGAAUCACUUCGGUGGCCUGACGCGUGGUGGAGAACUACCACCGCAUUACAUGCAUCCUCAAGUGCUGCAGUAUCAGUAUUUGCGUGCUCAACAGGAAGCCUUGACAGCUCCGCGCAUAACGUAUCACAUUCCAAGAACUAGAUCUCCUCAUCUACCGUUAGACCCGAAAUUGGAGCCUGGCAUAGAAGAUAGUCAUAGUCCGCCUUUAGAACUUAGAAGGAGUACAAAAACACCCCAAGAUCGCACCACGGAUAGUCCUCAAGUCGCUCAAGUAUACAUGCUGCACGGAGCACCAAGAUUACCACCGCCGCCCCCGCAAUACAACGCGGGUGGAAAUCCAGCAUUAACCGCACCGGCCGCUACACGCGGAGGAUUCUACGAACCACCACCCGCACAUCUGCGUUCUCAGUAUCCAAUCGCUGCCAGCGAGGCACCUAGUGACAGAGCCAUCACACCAGACAGACCCAGGAAACACCAAGUGGCCACGCCACCACACGCCUCGCAAGUGCCACCGCAAGCAGACUCGUUUCAGAUGUUGCUGCAACGAUAUCCGGUCAUGUGGCAAGGUCUCCUGGCACUCAAGAACGACCAAGCUGCUGUACAAAUGCAUUUCGUUUUCGGUAACCCUAACGUAGCGAGGGAUAGUCUGCCCUGUAACAGCGAUGGCUCAACACCACCGUUGCGAAUUGCUCAAAGAAUGAGACUGGAACAGACGCAAGUCGACGGAGUCGCGAGGAAGAUGCAAAUGGACAAUGAACAUUGCAUGCUCCUUGCGCUACCGUGUGGUCGAGACGAGGUGGAUGUGUUGCAACAGAGUAAGAACCUUCAGACUGGAUUUAUAAUGUAUUUACAACAGAAACAGGCCGCUGGAAUUGUUAAUAUUGCUGCACCAGGAUCGCAACAGCCUGCAUACGUAGUCCACAUCUUCCCGGCGUGCGAUUUCGCAAACGAAAGUCUGGCGCGUAUCGCACCGGACUUACUUCACCGGGUCGCGAAGAUCGCCCAUUUACUCAUCGUCAUAGCCACGGUUUGAGGCCAGCCAGUGGUCUGCUGCUGGAUUACAAUCUACCGAUAUCUCUCGCCUUUACGCGCUGUAGGACGCUUCGCAUGUGGCAUGAAGCCUGGAGUGUCCUUCCGACGGAGCGCAAAGUCGUACAACAGGAUAAUGCUGAAUAGAACAGGAGAGAGGGGUUCCGUCGAAGGGAAAGGUUUCUCCUCCGAAGAUAUAUCUAUAUAUCAGUGACAAUCAAAUGGAUUUUUGGCAAACACGUGCCGAUUUGACGGGAUCGUUGGCCUAAAACGAGGGUACACGGGGUUGUGUUACUGUGGGGGAGGCUAGCCCUGUCAAUGCGUGAACAUCACCGGGCCUGUCUUCCCUCCAAAACGGAACGGUCAACGCGAUCGCAUUUGCCGCGAUGGCUCUCGCAGUAACGUUCGCCAACUGACAACUUUUGUGAGAUCGACCGACAUCACUCUUGGUCCUUCUGACAAGCGGGUCAGGCACAACCCCAGUCCUUAGUGAAGACCUUCGAUUAAGAGAAAACAAAACAUGAAAAUGACAAACCACGUGAUGUCCUCAAGGCAGAAAGAAUAACUUACACACGCAAAUAGAGACAUACACACACGAACACGAACACACCACGGACACCACGUAUACACGUAAUACACGUUCGUCCCUCGUCUAGGAAAACCGUAAAGAAAAAACAUUACCUACCGUUGCUCUAGAUGGACAGUUGAUUUCGUAAGUAAGAAAUAGAGAAAGAAAAAAAACUAACGUACCCCUACCACUAUACACGAGCUAUUUUAAGUAAGGCUUAGAUAUUAAUGAUACUGUGUAAAUUAUAAGCGAGCCAGCGAGGGCAUAACUACUGUGAUUUUAAUUAUUUAACGAUAUAUGUCUGCGUAAAGACGAAGAAAACAAAAAGUAAAAACAUAUAAAAUGGUGACCGGUGUGUCCCGGUCGCGCGCGGUAUGUGAUGUGUUUUUUGUAUAAUACUGCUCUAUAUAAAUACCUAUGUAUUAUAUUACUGUAACAAUAGUUGCUGCUGCCGCUGUUGCUGCUGCCGCUCGUGUCGAACUAGAAAGUAAAAAAAAAGAGUUACGAUCUAGACACCUCUAGUGAAGAAGAAAAAAAAAUGAGCGAAAGGACUACCUAAAUAGCGUUUAUCCCUAAUGUAAUAUAAUUUCCCAUAGCAGGAUGUAACAUAUUAUUAUCAUUAUUAUCAUCUUAGCACUAUGUACAUUAUAAAAAAAAUUUUUAAUAUUCUUAUUUCGAUUCUUUAUUAUCAUUAAUAAUAUUAUUAUGGUCAUCAUCAUCACUAGUACGCUACCAUUAUUAUUAUUAUUAAAAAAUAUUAUUAUUAUUACUGUCA